GCGCUGUCUGAUGAGUAACCACUAACCAGUGGUUUUUGCGGAGGUUUCCAUUUCUCUGUCAAGACAUGUUCGUUCUAGAGGCGAUUUUCUCUUUCUAGUAUCUUUUUACACACCAACAUCCUAUAAAAUGGCGAGCGAGGUGGAUGAUACCCUCAAAAGGAUACAAUCACAUAAAGGUGUCAUGGGCUUUAUAGUGAUCAACAACGAGGGGGUGCCAAUCAAAACCACCUUGGACAAUACAACAACGGUACAGUAUGCGGCAUUGAUCACCCAGCUUUGCGAGAAGGCGAGGAGUGCGGUAAGAGACCUCGACCCGACUAAUGAUCUCACAUUUCUAAGGAUGAGAUCGAAAAAACACGAGAUUAUGGUUGCUCCAGACAAAGACUUCAUGUUGAUUGUUGUGCAAGCACCAACGGAGUAACAGCUUUUAUAUUAUUAGUAUUUUUAACAAGGUUAUAAGCUGCUUUAAUAUCUUAAAUAUAAUAAACACUUUUUUAAUUAUUUUUUUGUAAGCGUAUAUUACUAAAUAUAAGUUACAGUACAGCAGUACUUAAUUUUCUUGCACAAUUUUUGUAAAUAAUUUAAUCAUUAUCUACUAUAAUGUACUAUAUAAUCUAGUGAAUAAAUAAAUUAUAUUAA